UUUGAAUUAAGUUUUCACAAAGUGGACCGGUGACGACGCAGCCCCAAAUAAAAACCUAACCGAUCUCCGCCUCUCUCGGAGCAAUCCGAUGGAGAUCUUCAUCUCAAUCUCAUUCUCGUUCUUCUCUCUGCUCUAGUGGUUCCCUUCCUCGAUCUUGAUUUCUUCCUGUUUGGAACUGGAAUCUCUAUUACCUCCGCGUCGACGACGAAAAAGAACCCUAAUUUUUGCAGAGAAUAGGGUUUGGACCUGAGAUAUUUGGAAGUGAUCCUCCUUGAAGAGAUUUUUUGCGUUCGGAUCUAUGGAGGUCGAUGGCGCAGCUGCGUCGGUUCCCUUACUGAAAUGGAAAAGCGACUUCUCGAGAACAUUUCAGUACUACCUGGAUAAAUCGACUCCUCACGCGACUGGAAGGUGGCUCGGUACUGCCGGAAUGGCGGCCAUCUAUUUCCUGCGUGUUUACUUCAUCCAAGGGUUUUACAUAAUCACGUAUGGGCUAGGGAUCUAUCUGCUAAAUCUCUUGAUUGGGUUCCUCUCGCCGUUGGCGGAUCCAGAGCUUGAAGGUACUGAUGGGCCUGCCUUGCCGACGAAGGGCUCGGAUGAGUUCAAACCAUUUGUGCGCCGUCUUCCUGAAUUCAAGUUCUGGUAUUCCAUAACAAAAGCUUUCUGUGUUGCCUUUGUGAUGACCUUCUUCUCUGUAUUUGACGUCCCCGUCUUUUGGCCCAUUCUUCUGUUCUACUGGAUUGUUCUUUUCUUCUUAACAAUGAAACGCCAAAUUGUGCACAUGAUCAAGUACAAGUAUCUUCCAUUCAGCAUGGGAAAGCAGAAAUAUGGAGAAAAAAUGGCUGGAAGCAGCGGACUGGUAAAGGAUUGAUUCAUAGCGGAGGAUAGGUCACUGGAUGCUCUUCAAAUUCUUCGAUGUACCCGACCUGAGGAUUGACAACUAAACUACAUAUUUUUCUCGUUGCUCAUCUAAGUUUUGACUCUCCUUAUUCAUGUUUAGUAAAAAAUUCAGCAUUGUCUCUGGAAAUUGUUGGAUUUGAGAAAAGAGAUUUCAACUAAAAAUGAAUGCCCAGGUGUCUAGGUAUUUGUAUCUUUCAUUCACCUGGAGAUGAGAUGGUUGGCCUGGUUCUAUAGAAAUCUCUUACGAUAAAUUCAAAAAGUACAGAUGGACCACCACGAGGAUGGUCAUAUGGUUUGAGUAUAGAUGAUGUUUAUUUGCACUGUAUGGAUACCAA